AUGUUUCUCGAAAACUCCAUCACUCGCCAAGCCAUCGUCGUAGAGGCCUUGGUCGACUCGCUCGCCUUGCCCACCACUACCGAUCCGGGUCGACUUGCCCGAAUCCUCGACUUCGUCUUCUCCUACUCCAAAACCUCUCUCCUCAAGGGUCUCACCAAGGGGGUCACCGGCCUCGCUAGUCUAGGCCACUCCAACAUCUCACUCGCUGCACAGGCUAGCACCGCCCUCUCUUUGCCAUUCUUGUUUGCGCUCUGCCUCUCCGGCUCCCGCUCGACUCCAGGAGUCACGUUUUUUAAUGCCGGUGGGCAAUACUAUUUUCUUUCCAAAAUUGACCUUGCGAAGUUUCUCAUUUACACUUCACUCGUUUUGAACCCAGUAGCAAACACCAUAAUAACUUACCUACACCCGUCUGAUGAGUAUUUUAUUGGAGUCAAUGCUAAAAAAGUCAACGAAAAGGACGUUCAGAUUAAUAAGACAUUGCUAACCAUUGAUGAGAAUGGUUUUGGUGGGUCCAAGAUCAACACCGUCGCUCCUUAUACAGUUCUCCAGACGUUGAUUUACAAGGCUUUUAAUGAGGCGUUUGUGAAGGAAUCCAUUGGGCUCAACCUCACGGUAACGAAACCUGUGAAUCCAUUCAGUGUGUGUUACGGAGCAGUGGAUGUGCUGAGUACGUGUGUGGGACCGGCUGUGCCGACCAUUGAUCUGGUGAUGCAGAGCAAUGAUGUGUUCUGGAGGAUCUUUGGUGCGAAUUCGAUGGUGAGGAUUAAGAAGAAGGAUGUGGAUGUGUGGUGUUUGGGGUUUGUGGAUGGUAGGAUGUCAUGGACCGACUCUUUUAGAGGCGUAGUGGAUCAAUUUUUCGCCUGUGUGGCGCUCAAACUCCACCAAGUUUAA